AUGGGCAUCAAUGUCAUCAGGUCGGAGCUGGUCAGACCGAGUGAGGAUACCCCGCAUGGCCCGUUUUGGCUAUCCAACCUCGACCUUGGCGUGCGAAGCGGCUACUCGCCGACGAUCUACCUGUUCCGCCCCCGCCAUGAUGACCGCUCUGGGUUCUUCUCGGCGGACGUCCUAAGGACAGCCCUGGCCAUGGCGCUGGUGUUGUUCUACCCUUUGGCUGGGCGGCUCGGCAUGGCCCCCGACGGGCGGGUGGAGAUUGAUUGCAACGGCGAGGGUGCCGUUUUCGUUGUCGCUGAGUCUGAUGUUGUGCUAGACGACCUCGAGGACUUCAUGCCAUCGAAAGCGAUGAGUGACAUGUUCGUGCCUCCUUAUGAAAAAGAGGUCGGCCCCGGCGCACCCUUGCUCCUGCUUCAGGUUAGUUUGGUGAGAGGAGGCGUGGUACUCGGCACGGGCAUGCACCACUAUGCCCUUGAUGGCCGCAGCUCUUUCCACUUCAUGCAGACGUGGUCUAGCAUGGCUAGGGGCGCUACCGGGGCUGUGGUAGCACCGUUCCUCGACCGAAGGGCCCCCCAGGCACGCUCCCCGCCAGUCAUCCUCUUCGACCACAGCCAUGAGUACUGCCAGAACGCCGGAUAUGCAACAAGUGCCAGGCCGUCGGAGUUAAUUGGUGUCAUCAUGCGCGUGACCAAUGCGCAGGCUGCCGCGCUCCGUGCGCACACGGGCGAGUCCUUGUUCCGCUCUCUCGUGGCUCACAUAUGGCGCUGCACGUUAAUGGCGCGUGCGCUAGCCCCCGACGCCAAGUCUCGACUCUACACGGUGGUCGACAUGCGUGCCCGUCUCUCACCCCCGCUUCCCAGCGCCUACUUUGGAAACGCUGGUGUGCGGACGUCGGUGUCAGCUAAGGUUGGAGACCUCCUCGCCAACCCCCUCAAGUUUGGAGCACAGCAGCUUCGCAUGGCGACGAAUCAGGGUGACGAGUACGCACGUUCAACUGUGGACUACCUGGAGAUGGCGGAUGAGCGGUCUAAACCUGGGAGGGAGCUCCCAGAUACAGACCUGCGGGUCAUAAGCUGGAUGGGCAUGGUGUCCCAUGAUGCCGACUUUGGGUGGGGGGAGCCAGCACUCGUUGCACCGGCUGCUAUGUCCUACACUUGGUUCAUUUACAAUAUUGGAAACAGUGGGGAUGUCGCGGUGGCCGUAGCAAUGAAGCCAGAUCACCUGGCCCGCUUCAAGGAGCUCUUCUUUGAUGAGAAUGAGAUGACAUGGUGA